CAGAGUCAGUCUCCCUUCCCGAGAGAGCUGCAGCCGCCGCUUGAUGCCCAUGUCCUGAGAUCUGACCAUUCCCCUCCCUCCGAUGGCGCAGAUUCCGGACCGCCUGCCAGAAUGCCAUCCUCCGGGAUUUUGAAGCCGCGCGCUCCGUCGAUGUUGAGACCCACCUGUGGGAUAUGCAUCUCAAGAUCAACACUCGAUUCCGCAAACUGCUCUCUCGCUUUCGCGACGAAACUGUGAAGAAGAAGAAACCGGUGGAGAGGCGGAAACUUGAAAAACACUAUCUCGAGUUCAUCAAAUCAAGCCAGCGGUUUUAUCGGGGGUAUAUCCAGCAAUUGUCGUCGCAUUUCGGCAGUAUUCCCGAGCUUGAAAAAGUUGCGCGGAAAUUCAAUUUUGACACAGAUCUUCCCGUGGGGAACUCGACGCCUCAAGCGUCCGGAGACCUUCAACGGCGUGUACUUCUGUCAUGCCAUGGGGCCCUCAUCCGUCUCGGCGACCUCUCGCGCUACCGCGAAACCGAACUGGUCAGCAAGGACCGGAACUGGGGGCCGGCCAUUGGCUACUAUGACUUAGCUAUGAUUAUUUACCCGGCCUCUGGCAUGUCGCACAACCAGUUGGCCGUUAUUGCUCUGGCCGAUGGCAGCCACUUGAGGGCCACUUACCAUCUCUACAGAGCUCUGGCGGCGCAGGAACCCCACCCGUCCGCUCGGAGUAACUUGGAGAUUGAAUUUCGGAAGGUCAAGACUGCCUGGGCUAAGCAGGAACUGAUUCGUCCGGAAGAUGCUGGCGUUCCUGGCAGAGCAUUGGCUCCUUGGUUCGUGUACUUGCACGCCCAAUGCUACAAUGGCACCGACUUUCCUGAGCACGACGAGCUCGAGAGUGAAGUUCUCAAUCAACUCGCUGUCGACCUUAAGGAACGCUCGCUUGAGGGUACUUUGCAAAAAUUUUGCCUGGUCAACAUUGCUGCGGAGGACUUUUCCAGGAAACGCUCCAAUGAAGAGUCCGUAUCAAAUGCGCGCCUCUUCCUUCAGCGAACCAACGUCAAAACCUUCUUCACCUUGCUUCAAAUCCUUCUGGCUGAAGUGGAACGAUUUGCGGUUGAGGAUCCUACCAGCAAGGAAACAAGAACCGGCUCAGAUAAAGUCACCGUCGUUGCGCGUCGUGUUCUGCCGGCUCUUCGGAACUACAGCUCUUGGCUUCUCACCGUCAGCAAUCUGCUAGUGGCGUAUAAGGAGGAGAAAGACACCCCUCUUGCCGUGCAGAUCACGGAAUUCUGGAAGAUCUAUGCCAACACCCUGACUCUCCUUGCUUCGACUUUUGACGUAGUCCACCUACCAGAGAUUGACUACCUCUUGGAGGAGGAUGAAGAGACUCUAUGUUUUGCACCCCUCAGUGUGGAUGCCACGUCUCGCAGGUACUUCGAUAUGAACGGCCAGCAGAAACCUCGAAUGAACGACCCAGGGGUCGAGAGAAGCCAUCCCAACAUGGAAAUGCUCUACCGCAUUCGUGAAUUCGUGAUCGAUGGUUUAGACCUGGUGGUCAGCAAUAAAAUCCCCGUGGCUCUAGUCGAUGACGAAGACAAGAAGACUUUCAUCUACAAAGAAGAGGAUCUGCCUUCUCAGUUCUUUGCCAGCCCGGCCGGCCAUCAUCACACGCUCCCUUCCGCCAGCAUCGGACGGGAAGACAUUCAACAAGUGGCGCAAGAUCAGGAUCCCCAUCAUGCCAUAGAUGCCCGGAGCACAUUUGGCGGCUCGCAGUCGGCGUCGGCGUCAAUGUCGGCAAGUAUGCAUCGUAUUGUUGAGGGGGUAGAGCGGCUGGUCGAAUCAGACACGUACGAGAACGGCCCGGCCUUGCCAGAACACCUGGCCUUCUCCCAGAAUGCCAAUCAACAUUUACGAUCGAGCCGUAUGUUCGAUCUUAGUACGGAUUCGAUCUUCCGCGAGGAAAAUUUUCCUCCACGUCAGACCCCCAUUGCCCCUCCUGGACUGGGCCCACCGAUGCCAGGCGCUGCCGCUCUGGUCAGGGAUCCGUCGUCUCAAUCCUACACUUCGAGACCAGCCCUUCCCGGCAUCCCCAGCAUUUGGAACACCGCACUUUCGCCCGAUCUCGGCGAAGCCUCGUCUCCUCGGACUCCACCGGGACUCGGACAACGGCCGGCUCAUAUGAUGCCAGGAAGCGUCGGUGCACCCGGUCAUCGUCACCAACCGUCUCAGGAGGCGAUUGCCAAUGAGCUCCUGUUUCGCCAGAGUCUCAUGAACCAGGUCCCCUUGCAGAGCCCCCUAAGCGGUCCCGGCACCAUGUCCCCAUGGAUGGGCGCAACCAAUCCCGUGUCUCACCAUCGUCUCUCUGGCCUCAACUGGGAAAGGGCACAGCUGGAAGCUGCCCAUUCGCCCGCCUCGCUCGGUGUCCCUAGCCAGCCGAUCUCAAGUGGCUUGGCCAACGCCUCAUGGGCGAAUGAUGCAUUCCUUGCUAGUACCCUCUCGUCGGGACCCGGCUACCCCAGCUCCGGGUUCGACGGCAAUCGCAAAACCUCCACGCAGUACGGCGCCAUCGGCCAAACUCCCCCUUGCGGACAAGGAGGGUGAUCACCUCGUUCCAAUCUUUUUUUUUUCUUCUUUGGGCAUGUGAACAAGGGCACAUAAAGGAACACGGAAAGAAAGAAAGAGAAAGCAAGAU